GGGAAAGAAUGCUUCUCAGGAGCAAUGGUUACUAGGCUGAUCCCGAGCAAACUGAAAGCCGCACAUAAUCCCGCGACAGUUUUGAUAUAUUUUUAGCGCUACGAAUUAUUACUUUUUUCCAAAUGGUUUAAUUACAUGGAUUAUAGAAACUACUUCAUUGUUUUGGGGGAUUUUUUUGUACUCUACUAGGACCUCGAGACAAACCUGUUGCCUAUUCGACAGCUCAGCUGCAGUCAACUUCAAGAUGUUCUAUUGUGGAUGGGGUGACGCGCAGUCUCGUUACUUUACACUUCUGUAGUGAAAUUGGAGUGCCUAUCUUUCGUUCAGUUUCAAAGGUCUCAUCAUUUGACUGGGAAGAUGCACGUGUCUCUGGCUGAAGCUCUGGAGGUGCGAGGGGGUCCACUGCAGGAGGAGGAGGUCUGGGCUGUACUCAGUCAGAGUGCAGAGAGUCUUCAGGAGCUUUUCCGCCGAGACCCUGCAGCGCUGGGCUUCAUCAUCUCCCCCUGGUCCCUGCUGCUCAUGCCCUCGGGCAGCAUCUCCUUCACAGAUGAGAACGUCACCCAGCAGGACCUGAGGGCCUUCACGGCCCCGGAGCUGCUCGAGGGCCUCACCCUGGCCUCCGUCUCCGACAUAGAGAAGAUGCACAUGUACUCACUUGGGAUGACCCUCUUUUGGGGAGCCGAUUAUGAAAUCCCUCAAAGUCAGCCCAUGAAGCUGGGGGAGCACCUCAAUAGCAUGCUGCUCAACAUGUGUGACGACACAACGCUGAGCCGCAUGUCUGUGAGGACCGUCCUGGACGCCUGCAGCACUCACAUCCGGAGCUCCAGCUGUGAGCCCUCCUUCUCCUACAUCAGGAAGCUGGUCCGCUUGGUGCUCGGUAGUCUAUCCCAGCUGGAUGGUCUGAUGUCACAGAGUGAGAGGGAAUCUCUACCAGAGCGGAGUAAGGAGAUUCGGGACAGGCUUCGAGGAAAAGGCCUCCCCUCAGGGAGGAGUGCGGCCCCGAGGGUGCUGGAGCGCUAUCGGGCCAGAACGCAGGAGCAGGCCUCCCUUAACCGUGGCCUGAGUCGCUCCAUGGGGUCGCUGCCCAUCCAGGACCUGCUGAGGGCCGAGGAGGGGGCGACAGCCCCGCAGUACCCCCCUUCAGACUACUACCACCCGGGCUCAGAGUCCUCCGCAGAGCUCUAUCCCCACCAGAACCAACACCACCACCCCCAGCAGAGAGGCAGGCCAGUGGAGCUGGACCGCAGAUCUCUUCCCUACCAAGGCACCAGCAAAACGUGGGCCUCCUCCAUGGACCUGGCCCGCAUCGACCCUGACGUGUUGCGCUUCGGGGCCCUGGAGGACGCCAGGCGGGGCAGCAGCGCCCUCAGCACGCGCUCGGCGGGCAGACACAAGUCAGCCUCGCGCGUCUCCAGGGACAGGGAGUCCUGUUACUCUGAGUUUGGGGGCCUGGAGGCCAGGAAGCUGGCUCACCACCACUCGGCCAUGUCGGUGAGCUCGGCUGUGACCAGCGCCUACGACAGGCUGAAGGAGAGGCAGAGGAAGCUGCAGGUGCUGCGGCAGGCCAUGGACGACCCCAUCCACACCCACCGCAGGUACCAGAGUGACUACAGCUCCUCCAGUGAGAGCCCCUCGGUCGCCUCCUCCGACCCCGAGUACAGACAAGGUAGCAUCUGCUGGGCUAAGAAACCAGAGGAGGCGAGGAGAUACAGCUCCCAGGCUGCUCUGUCAGAGCAAGACGCCUCGCCGCUCUCUGCCCUCAACACACACAGACACAGGCUGCAUGAGGGCGCUGCAGACGAGGGCCUGGCGGGGGCGGAGCUCCUGCUGCAGCGGCAGGAGGAGGAGGUCCACAGGCUCCAGGCUCACCUGGCCCACCGCCUGUCCCGGGCCAACCUGUACCCUGGGGACGAGCCCCUGAGCCUGAGCCUGCCACGCACCUCCAUGCUGGACCUCCGGGACCCACUCAGCACCUCCGCACACCGCAAGGCUAAGAAUUUCUUUGGUCCUGAGUUUGUGAAGAUGACCAGUGAGCCGUGUGUGCCUUUGAUGGUUCCAGCAUCAAUCAUGAACAAGCGAGGGAAGCCAGAGGAGGUGCAGAGGAAGGUGGGGGUGAUCCUGCUGAGUGGCCAGAAGCUGGAGCUCAGCUGUGACGUCAAGGCCGUGUGCAAGGACGUGCUGGACAUGGUGGUGGCCCACAUCGGCCUGGUGGAGCACCACCUCUUCAGCCUAGCCUACCUCAGAGAUAACGAGUUCUUCUUCGUGGAUCCUGAUGCCAAGCUCUCCAAGGUGUCCCCGGAGGGCUGGAAGGAGGAUCCCAAGAAGAAGAAAGUGGAUGUCCCCUUUAAUCUGUUCCUACGCAUCAAGUUCUUCCUGAAUGAUGUCAACCUCAUACAGCACACCAUGACAAAACACCAGUACUACUUGCAGCUGAGGAAGGAUAUCCUGGAGGAGAGGGUGCGCUGCGACUCUGAGAAUGCCAUGAUGCUGGCAUCCCUGGCACUGCAGGCAGAGUUUGGUGACUACCAGUCUGAGAUCCACGGAAAGACCUAUUUUAGAUUAGAGCACUACCUUCCCGCCUCAAUCCUAGACAAGAUCGACCAGACAUCUAUCAAAGAAGAACUGCCCAAACUUCACAACACCUACUACGGGGUCUCCGAGUCGGAAGCAGAGUUUGAGUUCCUGAAGGUGAGCCAGAGGCUGACUGAGUACGGCGUUCACCUCCACCGCGUCCUGCCUGAGAAGAGGUCCCAGACCGGCAUCAUGCUCGGGGUCUUCUCCAAGGGCAUGCUCAUCUUCGAGAUCCUCAACGCCAACCGCACCCCUGUGCUGAGGUUCCCCUGGAGGGAAACCAAGAAGAUCUCUUUCACUAAAAAGAAGAUCUGUCUUCAGAACACGUCGGACGGCAUCAAGCACCUGUUCCAGACGGACAGCAACAGGACCUGUCAGUACCUGCUGCACCUCUGCUCCGCCCAGCACAAGUUCCACCUGCAGAUGAAGGCCCGCCAGAACAACCAGGAGCUCCAGGAUCUUGAGAACUCCCCCCUGAGCAGCCUGCAGUACUCUCUAGGACCUGGGGACGUGGAGGGCUUGGGUCGGGCCCUGAGCUCCUCCAGCCUGGCUCCCAGCUCCUCAGCCCGCUCAGACCCCGACCACCCAAAGAGGAUCUCCUACUCCGAGAUGGCACUGAACAAGGCCCACGGCGGGCGGCUCCGCUCCCCAGACGAGCCCCUCUUCCCUGGCUUCACCGGUGCUGGAGUUGGUGCCCAGCCCUCCUCCAGGCUCCUGUCCCGCUCCCAUCACAACUUGGGCCAGGUGCCCGAGUCGCCCGAGCACCGGGUGGCCGUGGCGGCCCCAGCGGCGGGGCACUAUGGUAGCCAGAGCGGGCUGAACCGGGCCCAGCUCCUGGCCUCUCACCACCACAGAGCCAGCUCUGACACUGACUCCAUCUCUGUGUCCAACCAGCAGAACAUUGUGUUCGGCUCUCCAGUCCCAAGCAGCUGGAGCCUCAAGAGGUUCAAGAAGGAGUCCGACUCCUCCUCCAUGGAAGACUCCGGCCACGCCUAUGUAGUAGGAGUGAACAUGCAUAGCUCCGGUUUGCCCUCGACGCCUGCCUCGCUGUCCGUCAACAAUUCCCUAAAAAAGAAGCUGAACGCCUUGCCCUCCCUGGAGAGAGAAAUUACAACCAUAAAUCUGAAGAAGGAUGUGAAGUAUGGCCUUGGCUUCCAGAUCGUAGGGGGGGAGAACUCGGGCCGCGUAGACCUGGGCACUAUCGUCAGCUCCAUCACCCCUGGAGGGCCGGCUGAUGUCGACGGCUCCCUCAAGCCAGGGGACCGUCUCAUCUCUGUGAAUGAUGUGGACCUGGAGGGCCUGCCUCACUCCACAGCCAUACAGGUCCUCCAGAAUGCCCCUGACGACGUGACCCUGGUAGUCUCCCAGCCAAAGGAGAGGCUGUAUGAAGGGUCUCUCUCGGGGUGUGUUCCAUACGAGAGCAAGCCUCCUACUGUGUCCUACAGCCAGCAACAGGAACUGGACUUUGAGUCUUCCUCCUCCUCCGAGCAGGCAGACAGAGGCAGUCCCAGCCCGCCUCCCCCCAGCGAGCCCACCCCCCCCUCGAGAUCCCCGGUCCAACAGCGCGACGACAACCUCGGCUCGGAAGACUCCAAAACCAACCCCGCCCCCACCCCUCCCCAGGUCCCUGUUAACGGCAUUCACCACAACCCGCCUACAGAUGGCGCCACAGCCCACGCUCCAGCGCUUGGUCUGGAGGCCGGCCCACCAGCCCUGCCACCCAAAACCAGGAAGCCCAAACCCCCCGAGGUUCCCAAAGACUCGGAGCACUCUGACAGAGGGGACUCUGACAUGGAUGAGAUGACUCAUCCCAGUAGUCAAGACAAGCUCAAAGUGAAAAAGGACUUAUCUCCCCACAGCCUCAUGGAAAAACUAAGUGGUAAUGACCCAGGGGUCAAUAGUCUCCAACCAGGAGAUCUAUUUGACGUUGAGCUGUCCAAAAAGGACAGCAGCCUGGGCAUAAGUGUCACGGUACUGUUCGGAAAGGGGGGGGUCAACACCAGUGUGAGACACGGGGGGGUGUAUGUGAAGGCCAUCAUCCCUAAAGGAGCUGCAGAACUGGACGGUCGGAUCCAGAAGGGGGACCGUGUGGUGGCGGUCAACGGGAAGAGUCUGGAAGGAGCUACUCACAGGCAGGCUGUGGAGACCCUGAGAGACACUGGACAGACGGUCCACCUGCUCCUGGAGAAGGGCCAGCUGCCUGUGGACAGCGUCCACGCCCCCCUGACCCCCAAGAGCACCCCACCCUGUGGGACCAAGGACCAGGCCCAGGCUCCAGAGCCCAAACUCAAACCCGAGUACAGCUUCAUAACAAAAGACAACGUGUUUGAGGUAGGCCUGCUGAAGAACUCGUCAGGUCUGGGCUUCAGCUUCAGUCGAGAGGAGAGCCCCCCCGACCAGCCCGCCGGCUCCAGCAUGGUCAGGGUGAAGAAGCUGUUCCCCGGGCAACCAGCGGCGGAGAGCGGCCUCAUCGACGUGGGCGACGUCAUCCUCCGUGUCAACCAGACGCCCCUGCGAGGGCUCUCGCAGCAUGAGGUGAUCUCAGCUCUGCGCGGGACGGGACGGGACGUGAUGCUGCAGCUCUGCAGACCCGAACACGGCCUCCUGCCUGAGAUGGACACCUCGGCUCAGACCCCCAUGUCGUCCCCUCGCAAGGAGCUGGCGGUCCAGCCGGAAGCCAGCCUCGGCCUGGCCAAGAAGCCGUCUCCAGUGGGCGGCGGCGAGGGCAAGAGGCGCCUGGGGAUGGUGGAGGAGGCCCUGGAGAGGGUGCACCUCAAGAGCCACGGCCGCAGGGACAGCUACAGCGACAGCACCGAGGGAGACGACGAGGAGGUGGAGGAGGCCUUCAGCCCCGCCCUGGAGCAGACCAGACAAGCCUGGGACCGGAGUAUCUACCAGACCCCCAGCGAGAGCCUGGGCCCCGGCCGCGUCGGCCAGCUGGAGAACCCCUCCGAGCUGGAUGACACCCUCCGCUCGGCCUACUACUCCCCUGACCUGUCUAUGUGCAGGUCCGGCCUGAGGUCCUCGUCCUCCCCCCUGACGCCUGAUCUGGAGGGCCCCCAUCAGGCCAUGAUCUCCUCCCCAGACACCCCCAGCCCACAGCCCCUCCCUCCCCCUCUGCCCACACCCCUCAAUCUCAUGAUGUCUACCAACGGCCAGGACGGGGAAGAGUUUGUGCCUGACGUGGAGGUCAAAGUGUCUCUGGUCAAGUCGGAUAAAGGGAGCCUGGGCUUCACUCUGACUAAAGGAAAUGACCUGGGCUGCUACAUCCAUGACAUCAUCCAGGAUCCGGCCAAGGGAGACGGCAGGCUGAGGCCAGGAGACCGAAUGAUCAUGGUGAACAACACUGAUGUGUCCAACAUGGGCCACACGGAGGUAGUGAACCUGGUGAGGGCGGCCCCCCGGGUGGUGGACCUGGUGGUGGGGAGGGUCCUGGAGCCCCCCAAGCCCCCCAUAGAGGCCCACCUGCUGCCAGACAUCUGCUUUCAAUGCCAGGACCAAACCCUGGGUCUGGUGCUGGACGGUGGGAGUGACAGUGCAUACGGGGUGCUGUUCAUCAAGGACAUCCUGCCUGGCUCUGCCGUGUCCGAGGAGGGCAGCCUGAGGCAGCUGGACCUCGUCCACUACAUCAACGGGGCUCCCACGGUGGACCUGACCCUCAGCGAGAGCACCAGACUGCUGGAGCUCUCGCUCAGAGACCUCGCGCUCAAGGCCACCAGGGAUGGAAAGCCGGUUUCCCCUGAGCAGAGAAGUAUCUCAUCUCAGAACAUCAGCAGCACAAACUUCUCCACGAGUAUGAAUGGUUAUCUCCAUGGAGACGAUUGCAGAGAUACAGAAGCUCUGUGUCCUUUAGAGGAGGAACUCAUUGACCUGGAUCUGAAGAAGCCUGUUUCUGGAGGCCUGGGCUUCUCUGUGAUUGGUGGAGAGAGGGGCAUCUUUGUAAAGUCCAUUACCCCUGGAGGAGUAGCAGACAACUCAGGCAGGCUGCAAGUGGGCGACAGGUUACUGAAGGUGAACGAGGACCUCAUGACAGGGGUGUCUCACACAAAAGCUGUCACCACCAUCCGGAAAGCCAAAGACCUCGUUCACCUGAUUGUGUCCCGCCCACCAGACCAGAACGCCAGCACGUACUUGGCCUAUCUCCCCAUCAGCUUAGACAAGUGCAACGGAAACAAUGAUGUCAGUGAGGACAGUGGAGUGAAGAUUAAAUUGUGUAGUCCUCCUGAAGACCACAAGACCACCAGCCUCCCUGAAAUACCACCAAUAGACUAUGAGGAGGAAGGAGAGAGGAGGCUGACUGAGCAGAGCGCUGAGCUGUCUGAGGACACCGACUGUGACGGCUUCUCGCUGCCUGAGGAUUCUCCUGAGACUUCCCGGAAAGCCGAAUGGGGAGAGGAGAGCGUGGACAAUCCCCGGAAUGAGAAUUACCUGCAGAUGAGCGCGGAGCAGCCGGAGGAGGAUGACAUCACGUGGGGCAGUGACGAGCUACCCAUCGAGAACAUCAACUCCAUGUUCACUGGUGAUGGACCAAUCAUUACUGAGGAUGAGCUGACCUCCCUCCCUCUGGUGAAAGUGGUCCCUGAGGGCCAGUACACAGGGCCCAAGCUCAGUACAGUAGUCCGUAUGCUGAGGGGCCUCCUAGAGCAGAAGGUCCCUCUGCAGGAGUUUGAGAACCUGCAGAAUCUGCAGCCCCUGGAUGACUGUUUGAUUGGCCAGACCAAGGAGAACAAGAAGAAGAACCGCUACAAGAACAUUGUACCCUUUGACACCACCCGAGUGGUUCUGGGAAAGGACGGAGGCUAUAUAAAUGCCAACUUCAUCAAGAUGCCAGUGAAAGAUGAGCACUUCAUGUACAUUGCCUGUCAGGGCCCCCUACCCACCACUCUAGGGGAUUUCUGGCAGAUGGUGUGGGAGCAGAAAUCCAACGUGAUCGCCAUGAUGACCCAGGAAGUAGAGGGGGGAAAGGUCAAGUGCCAGCGCUACUGGCCUGACACGCCCAGGACAGCAGAGAUGGUGGAUGACAGGCUGCAGAUCACCCUGGUCAAGGACCAGCACCUUGACAACUUUGUCAUCCGUCUGAUUGAGGUCAAAGACAUCCAUACCAAUGAGAUUCAGCGGGUUACUCAUCUGAACUACACAGGCUGGCCAGACCAUGGAACUCCCUCUCAACCCGAACAGCUGCUCACUUUCAUAUCCUACAUGAGGCACAUCCACCAUUCCGGACCUGUUGUCACGCACUGCAGUGCCGGGAUUGGCCGAUCUGGAACCCUCAUUUGCAUAGAUGUGGUUCUUGGCCUUAUCAGCAAAGAUGCUGACUUUGAUAUUUCAGAUGUGGUGAGAAACAUGAGGCUCCAGAGACAAGGAAUGGUCCAAACAGAGGAACAAUAUAUUUUCUGCUACCAAGUGAUCUUAUAUGUGCUUAGAUGUCUUCAAGCAGAAGAGAAAAUCUCAGGAUAGCGAAGCUGCAGUUCCCAUAACCCCUCCCCCCCUCCUGUGGAAGCUGAACCCCCACGCAGCACCUUUAAACACACACGCUACAGUAGCAGGGCUACCAUGUACAUGUUCUUACAUUGCCUUGAGUAUAUACUUUUCCACAAAAGUAAAUCUCAUAUUUUGAUUAUUGCUUUUGAGUUCCUUUCCCCUCUUUGGCUGCUACCACUCUUAAUGCAUUCAUGACAACUGUUGAUUUGGUUUAGUCCAUCACAAUUGAAUACUAUGUUUUUAUAGAUUCUUGGAUAUUAUGGUAUGAGUAUGAACGUGAUGAAUGAAUUCAUAUUUUAUGUGGAGAACGAUCAUUUGUAUUUUAAAAGCUAUUUGAUGCUGGAAUAUGCCUUGACAGAAUACUAUGACAGUAUUUGCAUUGUAAAUCUAUUAUACAGUAAUUGCUGACUGCCUGAGGUAAUCAAUGAAUUUAAAGUGUACAUAUUCAUCUCUUGAAUACUGUGUAUAUGUUUUAAAAUGUUACAUAAAGGAGAAUUUUCAAUUUGUAAAUAAAUGAGUCAAACAUU